AAAACAGGACAACUAACGAAGAGCAGGAAGAUAGUAAAGAGGAGGUGGUUCAUCAGCCGCACGCACACAUUGUAAACUCCGCCCCUUUCCAGCACUUAACGGAUUUAUCAAAGCCUUUUCCUUCAUUACUAAAACCUCAGAUCUUUCCUUACAUUUCCUCUUCAUUGCAUUUCCUUUCUACAAAUCAGAGCAUAAAAAUGCAAUCCUCACUCACAAUCUCCCUCUCUCAACCUACAACAAGUACAUUUCCUAGAUCAAACUACACUUUCGGUUCUCUACCUUGUAAGCCUACAAUUAAUCUCCGUUUUUGUGGCUUGAGAAGGGAGGCGUUAGGGUUUGCUUGUCUUUCUCGACCUCACAAUCGCCACCAGCUUCGCCGUCCAGUUCGGUCGAACAAGAUUUGUGCUUCUGUUUCUGAUAAUGGAACUGUUCCUAAGUCUUUUGAUUAUGAUUUGAUUAUUAUUGGUGCUGGUGUUGGUGGUCACGGUGCUGCUCUUCAUGCUGUUGAGAAGGGUUUGAAGACUGCUAUUAUUGAAGGAGAUGUGGUUGGAGGCACAUGUGUAAACAGAGGAUGUGUUCCUUCUAAAGCUCUUCUUGCUGUCAGUGGCCGGAUGCGUGAACUUCAGAGCGAACAUCACUUGAAAGCUUUAGGUCUGCAGGUUUCAGCAGCCGGAUAUGACAGACAGGGAGUUGCUGAUCAUGCAAAUAAUCUUGCUUCAAAAAUUCGAAAUAAUUUAACAAAUUCAAUGAAGGCACUAGGUGUUGACAUAUUGACUGGCGUUGGCACAAUUUUGGGCCCACAAAAGGUGAAAUAUGGGAAAGACAACAUUGUGACUGCAAAAAACAUAAUCAUAGCUACUGGUUCUGUUCCAUUUGUCCCUAAGGGCAUUGAAGUUGAUGGGAAGACUGUAAUUACAAGUGACCAUGCACUCAAAUUGGAGUUUGUUCCUGACUGGAUUGCAAUUGUUGGAAGUGGUUAUAUUGGUCUCGAAUUUAGUGAUGUAUAUACUGCACUUGGAAGUGAGGUCACCUUUAUUGAAGCUCUAGAUCAGCUUAUGCCUGGAUUUGAUCCUGAGAUUGGGAAGCUGGCUCAGAGGGUACUAAUAAAUCCACGGAAAAUUGACUAUCAUACUGGAGUGUUUGCAAGCAAGAUCACUCCAGCAAAGGAUGGAAAACCAGUCACUAUCGAGCUUAUUGAUGCCAAGACCAAGGAACAUCAAGAUACAUUGGAGGUGGAUGCAGCAUUAAUUGCAACUGGACGGGCUCCAUUCACAAAUGGCCUUGGCCUGGAGAAUGUCAAUGUUGUUACCCAACGUGGUUUUGUCCCUGUCGAUGAGCGUAUGCGUGUUAUUGAUGCUAAUGGAAAUCUGGUACCUCACUUAUAUUGCAUUGGUGAUGCAAAUGGUAAAAUGAUGCUGGCUCAUGCAGCCAGUGCACAAGGAAUUUCAGUGGUUGAACAAGUAACUGGAAGAGAUCAUGUGCUAAAUCAUUCAAGUAUUCCAGCUGCUUGUUUCACUCAUCCUGAAAUCAGUAUGGUUGGAUUGACAGAGCCUCAAGCAAGGGAGAAAGCUGAAACAGAGGGAUUUGAAGUAAGUGUUGCCAAGACAAGUUUUAAGGCCAAUACAAAAGCCCUUGCAGAAAAUGAAGGAGAGGGACUUGCUAAGUUGAUAUACAGACCUGACACUGGGGAGAUACUUGGAGUUCAUAUUUUUGGGUUGCAUGCUGCUGAUCUCAUUCAUGAAGCAUCCAAUGCUAUUGCUUUGGGAACCCGUAUUCAGGAUAUAAAAUUUGCGGUUCAUGCACAUCCCACUCUGUCCGAAGUCCUUGAUGAACUUUUUAAAUCGGCAAAGCUGAAGACAGCACCAUCCAUCUUCAAGCUAGUGACAGAAGUUUUUAAUUUAUGGAGCAGGUUGAAGCUCAUGUCUCAAGCCAAGUGAGUGAACCAGUUGCAGUCUAGGUAUCUCAAAAUGAAAAACUAGUACAAAAUUUUGAAGAAAUUUGCUUGUGUUAGGGAGUGCCAGGAACUGUAUGCCCCAGGUUAAGAGAAGAAGUAGUAGACAAAUUUACUACGCAAUUAGAAGAAAUAUCAUCAUCAAGUAUUGCGCUGUUUCCUUGGUGGUGGUUGGGACGGGAAUCUCUAUUCUGUUGUUGCAGUGCUUUAUUGAGUUGGUUGCUCAUGCAAUUGCAAAAAUUCUCCAGUUAAUAGUUAUUUUAAUAUUAAGAUUCAUUUUUCGGUUUUA